AUGUAUCAGAUGAGCCUUAAGGAGGACUCAUUUUUUAACAUGAUGUGCACUGUUCACGAGGGAUCUCCUCCUCUAUUCUUUGAGUGGAUACGAAAUGGACAGUCAGUCAAAUCGGGUCCCGAAGUUAACUAUAAGAUUGAAAAUUCAAAAAUGUUUUCCACGUUUACUAUUGAGAAGAUUGAGAGAAGAGAUGCCGCGAACUAUUCCUGUGUUGUAAGCAAUUCUAUGGGAAGCGAUAGACAAUCGGUUUUGCUUACAAUCAAAGUUUAUAGUGAAAUUGAAGAACUAACAGUGCCACUCAUAGGAAGGGAUGAAACUGAGGGCUCAUUGUUUCAGAUAUUUUGUUCAAUAAGUCGCGGAUCACUUCCACUGUUCUUCGAGUGGACACAAAAUGAACACCAAAUUAAGUCCAGUCCUGACGUCAACUAUAAGAUUGAAAACUUUGAAAUGUUUUCUACUUUUACCAUAAAAAAUAUCCAAAGAAGUGAUUCCGCAAACUAUACAUGUCUUGUGAAGAAUGCCAUCGGAUCUAAUAUGCCAAAAUUAGUGGCAUUUCCUAAUAGAGUGCAGACAUUGGGCUCAUAUUUUCAAGUGUUUUGCACAAUACAAGACGGAUCCCUUCCUCUGGUGUUUGAGUGGUCCAGAAAUGGACAGAAACUCAAAUCCAGUGCUCAUCUAAACUAUAAGAUUGAAAACUUUGAAAGACAUUCAACGCUCACUAUUGCCAGCAUUGAGAAGACAGAUGUCGGCAAUUAUACAUGUCUUGUGACCAAUACGUUGGGAACCGAUAGACAAGGCUUUGACUUAUCCAUCAGAGCCCUAAAACUAACGCCACUAUUAAGUCCAAGAACUCAAAACGAGGGCUCAAUGUUUCAGAUGACUUGUCCCGUACAGGAGGGCAGUCCUCCCCUAUUCUUUGAAUGGCUAAUUAAUGGACAAAUUGUUAAAUCAAAACCUGAUGUCAACUAUAAAAUUGAAAAUUUUAAGAAAUACUCCACUUUUACUAUCGAUGAGAUCCAGAGGAAUGAUUCCGCGAACUAUACGUGUAUUGUUAGGAAUGCAUUGGAAAGCGACACACUCAAAUUGACUCCUCUAUUGAGUCCCAGGACUCAAAGCAUUGACUCGUAUUUCCAGAUCACAUGUACGAUACAAGAGGGAAGUCCUCCCCUAUUCUUCGAGUGGGUUAUCAACGGACAGACCGUUAAGUCCAGUCCUUACGUCAACUAUAAGAUUGAAAAUUACAAAAUGUUUUCCACGUUUACUAUUGAGAAGAUAAUGAGAAGCGAUUCCGCGAACUAUACGUGUAUUGUUAGGGAUUCUGUUGGAAUACCAAAACUAAGCUCUGGUUUGUCUCAUAAGAACCAAAGCAUUGGAUCUAACUUUCAAAUGAUAUGCACUCUAGAAGAGGGAUCUUAUCCAGUGUUCUUCGAGUGGUCUAAAAAUGGACAGACAAUCAAAUCGAGUCCUGAUGUCAAUUAUAAGAUCGAUAAUUUUGAAAUGCACUCCACUUUUACCAUCAAAUCCAUUGAUAUGUCUGAUGUCGGGAACUAUACGUGUGUUGUUAGCAAUGAAUUUGGAUCUAAUAGUAGAUCAACUCUAUUAUCAAUUAAUGCCUUAAAACUGACGCCACUUUUGAGUCCGAGAACUCAAUCCAUGGGCUCAGUAUUACAGGUGACCUGUGCUAUACAAGAGGGAAGUCCUCCCCUUUUCUUCGAGUGGGCUAUCAAUGGACACACCGUUAUGUCCAGUCCUGAUGUCAAUUAUAAAAUUGAAAACUUUGAAAUAUAUCUCGAAGCGAUUCCGCGAACUAUACCUGUCCACGACCGAGACAUCUCCACAGUCGACAACAACUUCGCGAAAGGCCGUGGCGUUCAGGCCAUCGUCGGGUCGAACAGAGAUACUGUGUCGCACCGCAGGAUAGCAACGGACGGUCAACGAAGUCGUCGACAAAAUAAUGCCAUUAGUGACACUAUGAAUGCAGCGGAUAUAAGAAGGGCUGUGUCCGACGCUAUGGCUAAUAACUUUUCUGUAUCUUCUAUCAAAUGCGAAAAAUUUGAUGGUAAGAUUAGUGUGGAUGCCAGAGAAUGGCUAGAGAGAUACGAGCAGUUCGCUAACGCUCGUAAUCUCAGUGAUGACCAGAAAAUGGCAAAUUUUAGCCAGUAUUUAAGCGAGAAAGCUUAUAAAUGGUAUAAAUUGAAUGUCAUUAAAGCAAACCAACCCCCAGCUGAUUGGGAUGAGCUAAAAGAUGCAUUCCUCGUAUAUCAUGUGCCAGGUGAUCUCUCAGAUGAGCUGAGAGAUAAAAUGAUUAACAGAAAACAAGGCACUGAUGAGGAUGUGAUUCAUUAUAUCACAGACAAAAGGCUCUUAUGUCUCGACUGGCAGGCGAUGCCCUACUCAGACAUUAAGAAGUAUAUAAUAGAGGGUAUGAAUGACAAAAUGAAAGAAACCAUGUAUCAUAAGAACAGUGCAAGCAUUAAUGCACUCAUUUCCGAUGCUAUUAGCGUCCAAAAAGGCAUUCGAUCAGGCUCUGGUUGGGCAGUGACCACUAAGGCUGUCGAGAACAGACUUGCCCGAACUGAGGAUAAGAUUGACGAGAUCACCGAGAAUAUGGGUCGCAUUCUUGGGCGCCUUGAGGGCAGAAGUCGAUCUCGAGAAAAAAGCAUGGCCGGCGAGUUGUUGACCGCCGUGACCGUGAUCGCGAGCGUGAUUAUUACUCUAACAACUCUCGCAGCUCAUCAAUUGAGACAAACCGGAGCUACUCGAGAGAACGACCGCCUAGUGGUCGAUAUCGAGAAGAGUCUCGUGAGCGAUAUUAUCGCAAACCCUCUCAAUACGAAUAACUAUAGCUCGAGAUCUUAUAAUAACAGCGCUAAUAGAGAUUACCAUAAGCGUGAUUAUAAUAGAAAUUAUUCGAAGCGAGAGUACAAUCGAGACUAUUCAAAGCCUGAUUACAAUAGAGAUUACUCUCGCGAACGCUAUGAGAAAAGCCAUUAUAAUCGCGAACACAAUAACCUUAAUAACAAAGGUAACGACAAUAACGCCGUUCGCUCACCACCUACUGAUACGGGUUCGGAGGUUACAAUGAUUGACGAUAGUAUACGAGUAAACUUAGGAUUGGGCUUAGAGCCGAUUAAUGACACGAAUAUUUAUGCAGUAAAUGGUGAAAAAGUUACACUCGAAGGACGGGAUUGA